GAUAAAAAUAUAGUCCUCCAGCAGCAUACGUAUUGCUUAGCCUUAUAACCUAAAAUUACAUCCCCAGUCUUCAACAUAUACGCACAUAGACACAAAUAGUACGAAGUACGUCAUCUUUGUCGCGGAAGAGAACGUACGAAAAAGGCAGUCAGUUUCCUCUAUGCUUGUGUAACAACUCAGUCCCAAGUAUUAUUGAAUAAUCUCAUAAAUCUGAACUGAAAACCAGUGUUAAACUGAUAAAUAUCUAAUUUUAAGUAAUAUUGCCAAUGCAUUAUAUUUCCGAAUGGCCGAACCAACACUAAGGGAUGUACUUCAGAGUUAUAAUGUCUAUUUGGAACAACAUGCAGUUUCUGAUGAUACCUUAACAAUCUUCAAGAAGUCACAAGAAUAUAUUUCGAAACUUUGUGAUUUGCUCGUGCCGACCAUUCAAUCAAAAUUAAAGAUAGAAAAUGAAGUUGUUGUAAGUUAUCACCAGAAAGAAGAAAUGCACAAUUUUAUUAAUCAACAACUUAACGGAGCUAUGGUAAAGUUAUUUUCCAUUUUAUCGUUUAAAGAUGAAAAUGAAGUCAUACAAAUUGACACUCAUUCACUUGAAAAUCAUUUUUUCUAUAUUUUUCUGGUGUUUGUAAAUGCUUUCACAGCAUGGUCCUGCGAAGAAUGUGCCAAGAAAACUGGUGAAAUAUUGGACAGAUUAUUAGAUAAAUGUAGUAAAAUCACAAAAGACUGUUUAAUCAGAAAUAACAACUUAAACUUACUUCAUUAUUUGUUGCCCGAACUUUCAAGUGCAACUUGGAAAUUGAACCCUGUUUUGUGUUGUGUGUUCGUGGAACUUAUGCAAUUAGCUUCAUCGGAAAGCUUAACAAAAAAUAUUGCAAUGAUUAUGCCGCCCAUGCUGCUGAUGUUGGAUGACUACAAUCCUUCAAGUGUGUUGAUGGGUUUAAAGGUGUGUAAACAUAUGUUAUUCUGUGUACCUAAGGGUGAAAUGAGAAUGUAUGGAAGAGGUGAUGUUUUAUAUGAUGCAUUGUUCCGCAAACUUCAUUCUACUAAUGCUGAAGUUCUUGAAAAAUCACUGCCAUGUAUAUUGCGCUGCUUGUCAGUUUUGGAACGAGGCCCAGAAAAAUCAGACCAUUUGCGACUGCCUACGAAAUAUGAUAAAAUAUUUGAAACCAUUUUGUUAAAUAUUUCUGCUGCAACACAAACAUCGUUACGUUUUACCCUAUGGAAGCAUGUUACAUCAUUUGUUGAAGUUAUGGGAAUUACAGUUGUCAGACACAUGAAAGAACUGCUUUCUCUAAUUAAAUAUGACAUUGCAGUUGUCAACGAAGCAACAGUGUUGGAAAUUUUAACUUGUUUACAAGCGCUGAUGCGAGCUGCUUGGUUACGGAUUCCAAACUAUGAAAACGUAAUUUUAAAACUUUUGUUACAAAAUUUACUUAAAAUAAUUGAAAAGAAUUCAUGUCAAAUCAUACACAAUAACAAAUUGCUGGAAGAAAAUAUUUUGUGCUGUGAAAUGCUUUACAUUUGUGGCACUUGUGAUGUUGGCAAUACAUUAAACAAAGUUAUUAAACAAGAACCAUAUUUACAAAAAUAUUUUCAAUUCUUGAAAUAUGCAAAUCAUUAAUAUGUUUAAAUCAAUUUUAAUAUUUAUACACUUUUUCAAAUCACUAUACUUCAUGACAUGGUGGCUACUGUGUCACUUUGCAGAAUAGCAAUGCCUGUUUUUAGAAAUAACUUUCCUUCCAAUUUGUUACACAAUUUAAGCAACAAAUUUUCUGUUUUGUAUUGGUACUUAAAUAAAAAGUGAAUAUUUUCAUAAAAA